GUCAAAUGUUUAAUUCAUGACCUCGCGUGCAACAACUGUUUACCGUUUGUCGCGUGAAUGUUCCUAACAAGAGCUCACUCGGUUUGGCUGCGGUAUCUCUGACCUUGACCCACCUGUCCCAUCUCUCCUGGUCCGUCACACACCAUCAAUCUGUGAACCAGCCCACACCCGCAGACGUCGAGUUGGCCGACAUCCAACGCGUACUCGCGCCCUAAGGCACACAGCCCCAAUAUUAAGCCACGUUAAGGGACCUGUGGUUCACAUUCGCCAGGUUCUUUAGAUAAGCCGAGAUGUCCUCUAUCUUUUACUUGCUCGCAGGUUUGGCACUUGCCCAUGCAUGGAGAGGCUCACACAACUCAGGUCCCCGCAAGGCCGUGUGUGUGGUCCAGCCCGACCCACAGUCCACACAGUUGGUCACCGGUAUAGUGAAUUUUACUCAGUCCUCCUACAGGAGCGCUCUAAAAAUAGACGUUAAGCUGCAAGGGUUCAGCGCAGUUCCAGAGUCGGCGCCGGAGUCUCAGUUCUUGCAUGGGUUCCACAUCCACGAGUUUGGUGACCUGAGUGGGGGGUGCACGUCUGCGGGCGGCCACUACAACCCCUUCAACGUCACCCACGGGGAUAUCAACGACGGGGUCAGACAUACAGGUGAUCUGGGCAACAUCAGACAGCGCCCUGACGGCACCAUCCCACAGCUGAGGAUCAAGGACCGACGUGCUUCUCUAUACGGGGAGUUCUCUAUCCUGGGCCGGGCUGUUGUGGUUCACGCUAAGGCAGACGACCUCGGGCGGGGCGGGAACCCAGCCAGUCUGCUCAACGGAAACGCUGGGUCACGUCUGGCAUGCUGCGUCAUCGGACUCGCCAACCCAGUCUAGUCUGCACCUUGCGUCACUUCCGUCGCCAGUCAAGCGUAGCGGUCUGCAUCUACCACACAUUGGAUGUUUUGUAACCAGAACCCAAUCAAACAAGUUUCUUGGAUCAGAUUAUAAUAAAAAUAUUUUGCAACACUCCCAA